UCUUUAAACGCCUGGCCCGAAAAAAGCCUUAAACCCCCCGGUGCCAUAACAAUUUUUGUGCCGAACGCGUAAACAACUUGCAGACUCCACAGCACCGAUUCAUAUGACCAAAGAUGAUAUCUUUGAUACUGAAGCGAUCAGCAUUUCUUGAACAAAACCACCUGUUCAAACCCCACUUCUGUUUCCAACUUCUUUCCUCUCUGACUCAAUCUCAGUCUUACAAUUCCUCUCCUUCAAGUCAAAAUCACUCAAUUUUGCCUUCUGGGUAUGGUUAUUUGGGGAGAAGGAAUAAUGGGUUCUCUUCAUCAUCGCUUCAAAGAUUGGAAAUCCCAUCUGGGAUUUUCUGUAAUGGACGUUUUUAUGGUUCUCAGUCCCAGACUGCUACUGAGCCCUCAACUUCAGAUGGGCUUACUGUGGAUGGUAUUAUAGCUAAUAAUUGGACUAUACUUGAUGAAGAUGAGAGUGAUUGGAAAAGCCAUGCCUCUGCAAUUGCUCAGUCCAUUCAUCUUAUGAAGAAACGCCUGAAGUGGAAAAACUUACUCGUAAGGGUGAGGAUGUUAUCUUUCCAAUUGGAUAAGCCAGACCUUUGGGACGAUCCAAUUCAAGCAAGCAAGAUAAGCCGUGAGCAUGGUUUGCUUACCGGGAAAAUGAAUGAAGUCAAGAAAUUUGAACAAGAACUGCUUGAACAUAUUGACAUGAUAAAGCUAUCUCAUGAGGAGAAUGAUCCAGAGCUGGAAUUGGAAGCGGUGAAAGCUUUGAUUCAGAUGAGAAGAAGUGUAAAAGAGAAGGAGUUAGAAGCUUUAUUGGUGGAGGAGCAUGAUUCUUGCUCUUGUUUCAUAGAGGUACAAGCUGGAGCUGGUGGUACUGAGAGCAUGGAUUGGGCUUCAAUGGUCAUGCAGAUGUAUAAAAAGUGGGCUCAGCAUCGAGGUUACAGGGUUACUGUAGUGGACGAAAUGCCUGGUGAGGUUGCGGGAAUCAAGCGGGCAACCAUCAGAGUUGAUGGUGAAAACGCAUUUGGAUAUGCCAAAGCAGAAGAUGGAGCACAUCGGUUGGUUCGUUGCUCACCAUUUGAUAGCGCAAAUCGCCGGCAUACUUCAUUUGCUGCCGUUGCUGUUAUACCAAUUCUUGGAGAAGGACUUUCUCAUUAUCAGAUUAAGGAAUCUGAUCUCCGAAUUGAACGAUUCCGUUCUGGUGGAGCUGGUGGUCAGCAUGCUAAUACAACUGACAGUGCUGUCAGGAUAACUCAUAUUCCAACAGGGAUCACUGCAACUUGCCAGAAUGAAAGGUCACAACAUUCAAACAAGGCUUCUGCCAUGGCAGUACUUCAGUCCCGCUUGGACAAACUUGAGAUGGCUCGGCAAGCUCAAAUGAAUGCGCAGCAUACACAAUCCCUUGCUGAAAAUACCUUUGGUAACCAAAUACGUUCUUAUGUGCUCCAUCCUUAUCGCAUGGUUAAGGAUCACAGGACAAGUUAUAAAGUUUCAAAUGCUGAUUCUGUUCUCGAAGGGGAUAUUGACGACUUCAUUUUGAGCUAUUUGUCAGCUUCCCUUGACAAAGAUGAAGAUGAACUGUAAAGGAAGUUCAGAUCUCAGUACUUGUUCUCAGAGUGAUGAUGCCGGAUACAGCAUCUUUUAAAACAAUGAGAUGGUGGUUGCUACUCUCACAUUCUGGUGGAAUUUCAGCUGACACGUUAACAGUUGUUUUAACGACCUACUUCUGCGGUGUUAAGCAGUUAAUUUCAGUUGGAAAUAAUCCCAUGGAUGAGGAGGCAUUAGAUUGUAAUCCCUUCUCCAAAAUUUUGUAGCUUAUAAGCUGGUGUGGUUCAAAAAAAGUUGGUUUUGUCAAGUACAUAGGAGAAAUGUAUCACUGGACGUCUAGUUUAUUACAAUCCAAGUGAUGCAAUGUAUUAUACGGUCAGGUGAUGUACUGAAGCAAUUUUAGUGGUUAUGGUUUUAGAGUGCUUGGAAACAAAUCCACUAUUGACAUUUUUGUUCUGGAUCUUUACAUGGUAGGCAAAAUGCAUGAGCAGAAGCAACAAUUUUGGUGUAAUAAACUCGUCUCUGUUAAAAAUUGUUGGUUUGAGUCCAUAGAUUUGAUUA